AUGUUCUACACUCUGCCUGAAGCCUUUGAUAGCACGCUACCCAACGUCGAGGCGGCAGCUGCGCGAAUUACAAGUCUGCCAGAGGCGAUACAACAGUUGCAAAACAAGACUGAUUGGGAGGCCCCAUGCAUCGGCUUAAUGGCCAUUAAGCGUCUUUUUGAUCAAGCUUCUGCGGCUGCUACUUCGUCUGUAACUGCCUUCAAUAACUGUUCUGCCCAUCAGGGGAAAGUAGAGCAAGCGCAAGAUGGAAAGGAAAGGCAGAAGGGAGAGGCUAUCAAUUCAGAGAGAGAGGACGUCUUUGCUGUUGAUGAUGACGCUGAUGGUUUUGGUCCUGGAUCAGGCUGUAAGAAACCAAAGGCUGCUCAGAAGGUUUAUCACCGCGACGAUAAGGGCUCGCCUGAGAGCAACGGGGGCAAACUUGCCGUUGACGGGGCGUCGCCAUCAUCAGGUCCUAGGCAAUUGGCACCACAGAAGAGUCUGACGGUCCUUCUGGAUGCUGUCGUCCUUCAGCAGCUUAGCCUUAAUCUGGUGGAAUGUGUCACCUGUCUUCGUUCUCAGGUAGCGGUGAUCCGCGGUAGUAUUCUGGUGAGAUCCAUCUACUAA